AUGGAGGGAGCUAUGUGUUAGUUGGCUUGCUGGGCGUAGGGUAAGCUCCCACUGAGUCGCAAGGACUUUUGAAACAGAGGGGAGAAAGAGAGAGAGAGAGAGAGAGAGAGAGAAAGAGAGAGAGAGAGGAAAAAAGAAGGCAGGAAUACGAGAAAAAACACCCGGCUCAGCGCAGGCAGCACUAUGACUGAUGGGGACUAUGACUAUCUGAUCAAGCUCCUAGCUCUGGGGGACUCUGGAGUGGGAAAGACCACCUUCCUCUACCGCUACACAGACAACAAGUUCAACCCCAAGUUCAUCACGACAGUGGGCAUCGAUUUCAGGGAAAAGCGUGUGGUCUACACGGCGAACAGCCCUAAUGGAACCACAGGGAAGUCAUUUAAAGUGCAUCUGCAGCUCUGGGACACAGCGGGACAGGAGAGGUUCAGGAGCCUCACCACGGCCUUCUUCAGAGACGCCAUGGGCUUCCUGCUCAUGUUCGACCUCACCAGUCAACAGAGCUUCCUCAACGUGCGCAACUGGAUGAGCCAGUUACAGGCCAACGCGUAUUGUGAAAACCCCGACAUUGUGUUAGUGGGCAACAAGGCAGACCUGUCCGACCAGAGAGAGGUGAUGGAGAAACAGGCCAGGGAGCUGGCUGACAAGUACGGCAUCCCCUACUAUGAGACGAGCUCGGCCACGGGGACGGACGUGGACAAGGCGGUGGUGACGCUGCUGGACCUGGUGAUGAAGCGCAUGGAGCAGUGCGUGGACAAGCCGGCCGCCGAGGCGCAGAACGGAGAGGGCACCAGCAAACUGGACGCGCCGCCCGUCAACGAGAAGAAAUGCGCCUGUUGAAGAAGACCAAGACGUGCAGUGUUGUUGUUUUUUUUUUUGUUUCGUUUUGUUUUGUUUCUGUUCUGUUGUUGUUGUUGGCAAGGAUCUUUUUCUCUGUGUCUCCCUCCGUCGCCUCCCUCCAUCUCCUCUCCUUCUCCGUCUCUGACUUCGCCUCUCUUGUCACACACAACUGGUCCUUCUUUUGUCAAUCACCCCCCUCUGGUGGGCUAGUGUGGAGUUGCAGCAUGCCCCCUCAAAGCCCCUCUCCUCACAGGUUGGUUGGUGGCUGUCCAAAGCUGGCACAACUGCUGGGUGAAGGAGGUUUUGUUUGUGCCCAGUCAGAGUUUUAUUUUCGUCUUCUCAUUGCCUUUCAUCCAGGCAUGUACCAAUAGGGGUGUAUUUGAGCUGCUAAUACUGCCUUAGCAAAAAAAAAACCUAUUCUCACCUUGUCCACAAAUAUAAAAUAUAUUUAAUAUAUACGUAUAUUUAAUUUUACAGUUCUUUCAUCAUGGUUAACAAAUAUAUAAUUUACUGAAAGGUCUAAAAUUUGGUCUGAUUUGAAUUAUGUUUCAUCAUUUUUUUUCUUGUCAUCAUUUGUUUUCUCCGUCCGAACAUUACAAUAACAUACUGUAUUAUUUAAUAAGAUCACGCUCGUUGAAUCAUUCAUUGUAUUUUUCCAGCUGAUUCUUUAGACAAAAUUGUCACCAAGUGUUACAUGGUUAUUAAGGGCACAUUAAAGACUUGAGCUCGCUUUAGCCUGGAGCUAGUGACUCCUAGCCUGAUUAUCAUCGACUUUCAAAUCUCUUCGAGACUUGGUCUGACCAAGAGCAUAACAAUUAACAUUUCCCUCCCUUGGUUUGCUAAUGAUUGUUUGCUUCCCAACAAAGUGGGAGGAGUUCCUGUAUUUGCGGGAUCUCAGAAAGUACUUGCAUUGCUCUUGACCUGACUGGUAGCAACGCUAAAGCUGUUGCGUCACUCGGAGGGCACGGCCUGGCUAAGUGGUUCCCCCCUUUGACAUAUUAAUUGGCACAUGAGACAUUGUGUGAACUCACUAAUCUUUGGUGCGGUCCUCAGUAAUCUGCAGAGACUGAAACAGACCAGUCAAUGUACCCACCUACAGUAUGAAAUCGGGAGGGCAACACAGCAUUAUCAUGGUAACAAAGCAGUUACUGUAGUGUUUUAGUACACAAAAUUAGUAUAACUGACUACUGGUUUAACAUUGUGGCGGCAUUGCCAUUGAGUUCUCCCUGUUCUGCAUGAAUGGCAACGUGUAUAUGUCCUUGUUCAGCUCCCCAACGCUCUCCUCACUCUGUAGUGUGUGUGUGUGUGUGUGUGUGUGUGUGUGUGUGUGUGUGUGUGUGUGUGUGUGUGUGUGUGUGUGUGUGUGUGUGUGUGUGUGUGUGUGUGUGUGUGUGUGUGUGUUGUGUGAGAAAGCACUCAAGCAAACUUGUGUGUGGCUGAUCGCUGCAGUGUAUUCUUGACGUGCCAAAAGCAUAACUGCCUCUAGACUACUGGCAUCUGCCUUAAAAAAAAAAGUGUCACCAGUUUUAAGAAUCUUUCGGAGUGUUUGUUUGGCAUGCUGACCUGUUAGUUCUAAUUUUUCGCAAUUAUGUCAAACAAGAUCUGUUUUGAAGUGAAGCAGGAAAGACAUUGAAAACAGUGGGGGUAUAACUUAAUGUCUAUGCCACCGGAUGACACUUUUUCAGCUUUCUUGACUCGAAGGUGUCUACCGUCACAUCACAUGAAAUUGGUCUAUUAUCACACAAUCAAUCUACUGUACUUUUUCUCACUCUCUCUCUCACACACAAAUAUGCGCACGCACUCAUGCACACACACACACACACACACACACACACACACACAUAUACACUCCUUUGGUGUCAACCCCCUUUUCGGAUACCGUCUACUGAAUGUGACCUGUGUGAGGAGGAUGACAUUGUUGACCUUUUUAUUAUUAUUCUAUAUUUUCCAUUCUAACAGAUAUACUUACUAUGAUGUGGCAUAAAACAAAAAAAAGUAUAAAAGACGUACAAAAUAAUGUGGCGUUUGUACUGUACUGUGGCUGAGUAAAACAGAACUAAUUAUGUGCUCUCCUAAAGAGUUUGGUGAAACCUGGCUGAUGAAGGUGAUUUGUUUGUAUUGUGACAACGUUCAGAGCAACCACAUCUCUCUAACCUGUUUUUUUUUUCCUUCUUUUUUUUCGGGUUGUUAUGUGUAAGGUCAGAACUUCGUCAGAACUCACCCAUUUCUGGAGUCAAUAAAGACUUGCAAUCUGA